UACCCAAGCACCCCACACUCAAAUCCGUUGGUCAAGCCGGACCAGGCGGCCAGGCCCAAGCCUGCCGUCCGUUGCUUCCCAGAUUGGAUCCCCAACCCUGCCGUCCUGCGGGAUGGAGAAGAAGAGUUGCCGGCCGCCGCCGGCCAGCUUCCUCACCGAUGACCUCGUCGUAGAGAUCCUCUCCAGGUUGCCUUACAGGUCGCUCUGCCGCUUCAAGUGCGUGUCCACAUCAUGGCUCGCUCUCUGCUCCGACCCUGCUCUCCGCAAGAAGUCGCCCCAGACCUUGUCCGGCUUCUUCUACCACAGCGUGCGAAAGAGGGAUCCAUUCGAGCCCUCUGACCACCGUUGCCACUUCACUAAUUUGUCGGGCAGAGGGCGGCCUAUGGUUGACCCCUCUCUCUCCUUCUUGCCCAGCUGUGCAAGGAUCCUGUUCGUCGAUUGCUGCAAUGGUCUUCUGCUGUGCCGCUGCUUCAAGAUGCCAUCGCUGUCUCGAUCUUACUAUGUUGUGUGUAAUCCUGCUACUGAGAAGUGGACCGUGUUGCCGGACACAAAAGCGAUGCAGGGAUUUUACACAGUUCGUUUGGGAUUUGAUCCAGCCGUGUCGUCCAAUUUCAGAGUGUUUUUGCUCGUGCAGAGCGGGGUGGGAAAUUUGGACAUUCCAGUCACUGGAGUGCAGAUCUACUCACCGGAAACUGGAGAAUGGACUUACCGGCAGAGCAGGUGGGGUGAUAAAUCUGCAGUCUAUACUGAUACGAUGAGUGUCUUACUUGAUGGAGUAAUGCAUUUCACUUCCACUGGUUCCUCGGUACUCACAGUGGACAUGGAGGGGAAAACAUGGGGGGAAAUUCUUACUCCAGUCUCAGCAUUUUCCAGUUUUCUCGGGCGGUCUAAGGGAUACUUGUAUUUGGGGCGCAUUGAUCAUAGCAAGGACCCCCAACUAUCAAUUUGGAUGCUCAAGGAUUAUGGCAGUAAACAAUGGAUCCUAAUGCAUACUGUCAGAACAUUGGAACUGUUUGAACCGCGCCAUCUCACAUUUCAUUGGUACAAUAAGAUGAUUGCAAUGCAUCCAGAUCACAAUUUGAUUUUCUUUACUGUGGGGAUGCAAAGAAAUCUUGUAUCAUACAAUAUGGAUAGCAGGAUAGUGCAUGUUAUCUGUGCUCUGGGGGACUACUGUGUGGACACAUAUCUACCUUAUGUUCCCUGCUUCUUGGAGUGGCUAUCAGAUGAAUGCUAAAUGUUAUAGCAGCUUGCCACUUUCUAUUGGUAUGACAUCACUGCGGUCAAACGAAUUAUGUGUGGAAAAUGAGUGAAAACUUCUACUUUUUGUGCAGUGGCUUGGCAGCCUCAAGUUUACUUUAAUUGAUGUUAUUUUGGUCCUCAGAAGCAGCCUUAGUGUGGGUAUGGACAAUGGUGGCUAAUGCCGAUGAGUAUGUGUGCAGUGGAUAGCUUUUUCAAUGGAUGUACUUAUCUGCUUCUAUCGCAUAUUCUUGUAAACACCUGCCAGUUCAUAUGUGGUAAACAUGAAUAAACCCAUUAUCUACGUUGGGAUUAUAUGAAAUAUUUCUACUUUUUUUCAUUUUAUUUCCUUGCAA